UCGUCCACUGGGAGCAUGGGUUCGCAAACGCUGGAGAUCCUGAGACAAGGCGUCUGGGCGAGCCUAACGGGUGGUUGGUUUUACGAUCCGCAUCUCGACGUUUUCUCCAACACAUUCCACCUCUAUAUCUGGCUGUUCUUGCUCUGUCUGCCGUUCACGAUCUAUCUGUACUUUCCACCUACAUUAUACGUUUGGUUGGCGUAUUGCUCAUUGUUUAUUGCCGUUUUUGGAACGAUAAAGUGUGUGAAUCAUGCUCUGCACUGUGUAUAUGACACAACAGAGUGUUUGGAGGAACCAAAUCAAACAAUCAGUCAGCAAAAAUCCGAGAGUGAGAAGAAACGGGCUGGCCAUAAUAAGUGCAGAGAAUAUUCGCAGGAUCAGACGGGCCAUGGCAUAGAGCUGCAAGUUUUGAAUGGUAAAACAGACACACCACCGGUAGAAUGUUCAUCGCGCAACUCAUUUAUAGAACCAAACAUACAGAACGCUGAUGCAGAUAGUAUAACGUCCGAAUACAAUCGGGAUAAACCUAGUUCGACCAUAGAUUUAAAGGUAGAGAUACACAGGAAGAAUAGUUCUGAAAGUUCGGAAGAGGCGCAGCAACUUAGUAAACCAAUGGUAACCAGCAUAAACGUGCACGAGGCCGAAUUAGUUUCCGCGCAGUAUCAUGAGCCACGUGUUAAAAAUAUCAUAAAUGAAUGGAGAUCAAAGCGGCAGAAAUGCGUUGUGAUAGCGGAAGAAGAUCGAUCGAGGCCGCGUAAAUUGUGCCGGCACGCGUCCGAAGAUUCUAGAAAUCGACAUUCUAAACAAGGCAGUCUCGGUAAAACGGGAUCCGAGAGCCAGAUAAAACAGACCAGUUCCCUGGAAUUGGAAAAUCCCAACGAUGAUUAUUCGUACUGGAAGUCCAAUCAAAGCGUCCGCAGGCUCAACUCCAAUUCCAUACCGAUGGAAACACACCUGAUGAACGAUCAUCCCCAGAGCUUGGAAAUCAUAUCAAAGAAGGGAGAUGUGGAUAACAAUAAGAUCUCGUCUCAUCCGCAAUCGUUGGAGCGAGAUAAAAAGUAUUGUAUUCCUAAUCUUAAGGUUAUUGCCAAGAAACCGCAUCAACAACUAGUACAUCCGCAAAGUCUCGAGACAAUUGGUGCUACGAGUAAAAAUAUAAGUAGCACCGACGACAAUAACCUGCCUCUUCAUCCUCAAAGUCUCGAGACAAUUAAUACUAAAAAGGUCUUACCGCAAAACACAUUGAAGAGAAAUCAACUACAGCUCUUGCCGUAUCUUAGUUACGGAUCCGAAAUAGUACAUCCGAUAGCGGAACAGAGCGACGAACAAUUCGCCAAUGAAAGUUCGGGAGGAUUUAGCCUGCGGGAUUCUUACAGCCCGUUACUCACGCGGAAAAACAUAAGCGACGCGAAUGCGACAUCCAAUCGAGAUAGAAGUCACAGCGCUGGCAGAUUUGAAGACAGAUUCUCCAGAUUUAACGACGACAACGGAAUAGAUAACAACUCGGCGAAUUCUCGGGAUGCUUUGCUCGAGGAAGCGAAGCCCGUCGUGAAAAGAAGAUACAGCAACGCCAGCCAGAGCAGCCACGAGUUUUCAGAUGGUGAGAAAAGUAAAAAGAAGCGGCAGGAUAAAUCCAAGAACACGGAAGAUCCGCUCAACACGGGAAGCAUCGUCGGGAUCGAUUGGUUAUUCGAAAGCGGAGAUUGUUCGGUGGAGCCGUGGACGAGUAAGAUAUUUUGGACUUUCACUCGCUCUGAUGAUACGGAUACGUCAGAAAGCCUACAGACGGCUAGUACAGAUUAUCUUCACACUAAAGAGCCCGACUCGGGAUCGUCCAGUACAACGACCCUUAGCAUCGAAAACGAGGCGAAGCGGAAAUUGCUGCCACAGCUGGAGGUGGACAACGCCGCCAAGCGUCACCAGGGGGCGAUUCCCAAGCACAGCCGUCCAAAACCCGCCAUAUCGGACGCCGCGGACGACAAUAUUACGUCGAGCGUUGAGCAGCCGCGGGAGAAUCUCAAGCGUUACCUCGAAGUGCGACGGGAAAAGGCCAGAAGGCGUGGCGGCAAGCUGGAGCAGACGAGCGGUUCGAACAACGAGCUGAGCACAUUGCUGCCGAAUCCGGCACCUCCGUUGCUGGCCGCGUUGCUGAACAAUUCCGGCCGGGAUUUACCCGGUCAGUCGAAUAUCGCGUCGUCCGAUCUGCGAUUGAGUCGCAGCUCCGAAAACCGGAAUUCCCGAACGAGAUACGGACGGCUGAAACGACCCAGCAGAGCGCAGCGUAGCGGGCCGCGCAGCAUUGCCAGUAAUCGCGACGACAACGUUGUACCGUUAACCGCGCUCUUCGGUUUAAUUUCGAGCGGCGAGUGUCAUUUGGCCACGAAUCAGAACGACACCUCGGAAGGAGCGGUGCACUACUUUUGCGACGACAACGGACGCUGGCUGGCUUACACGUUCGACGAGAAGGGCUCCGAUGUGGCCGCGGCGGCGGCGGCGAUGACGCAGAUACCUGGCAACACGCACGAUAAGCUGCUCAACACACUGCUGCGCCAACAGCUCAAUCAGAAUUUGCACUACGAAAUGAAUUGCGAGCCUGCCGGCUCGCUGAGCAACAGUUACAGCAGUCUGUCGCUUAACUCCGCCGGCUUGACGGUGAUAAUCGACACGCCGCCGGUGCUGUCGAGUCCAGCGAGCAAUCAGACGAAGACGCAGAGCUCGCCGCCGUCGAACCUGAUCUCCUCGAAUACCGGCAGCUCGAAUCAGUGCACGCUGGGCGAGAAUUCGGAGCGCGAGCAGUUUCACGUGAUCGCGCGCUCGGACUCGAUGACCGACAGGAAUCGUCGGCUGCAAAAUCUCUUGGGCAAUCUUAACUUGAAUCAGUAUCAGCCGGACAACAACAAUCGCAUGCCCGUGCUGACGUUGCCCGCGCAUCAGGAGCCCGACAUAAACACCAGUCUGUCGUGGAACCGCUUCAUCCUGGACGAAAUCAGCUUCCAGCCAAAGCCCAAGCUCAAGCAGACUCGAUCGAGACACUACUAUAAGUGGAAGAUCGGCAAGCUGCCGCACAUCAAAGUGCGCUUCGAUCGUCUCGCUCUGCUGGCUCUGCUCGAUCGCAACUUAACUAUAUUCGAGACGAUCGUUUCCACGCUGCUGGCGGGCGCGGUCGCCGGGCUGGGCCUUCUACUGCUGCAGCAGGGCUUCUAUCGGGACAUCUUCGCGUUCAUAUUCUGCUUCGUGACGGCCGGCUGUCAGUACUCGCUGCUCAAGUCGGUCCAGCCCGAUGCUGCAUCGCCCACGCACGGCUUCAAUCGCAUCAUAGUGUUCUCGAGGCCCGCGUACUACAUCAUAUGCUCGAGUCUCAUUCUCAUUUUCAACGAGACGCUGAGGAACUUUAGGUCGUCUGACUUUCGCGUUUACGGACUGCGCGUCGCCGAUUACGAUCUUAUAAUGCAAGUGCGAAACGUACUGCUGAUAUUCCUGCUGUGCUUCCCGAUCGUGUUCUCUUUGGGACUGUUUCCGCAGAUCAACACGUUUCUCAUGUACGUCUGCGAGCAUCUGGACAUACAUCUGUUCGGUGGCAACGCGACCACCAGUCUGCUGUCGUCGGCGUACUGUCUUUGCCGCAGCGUCGUCGCCGUGCUCUUUCUCUACGGAUUCGCCUACGGCGCCCUCCUCGAGCCCAAGUCCUCGCAGCACAUCCUGUUCUCCAUAUUCCUCGGUCUGCUCGUCGCGAUAUCCUAUCAUCUCAGCCGCUCGUCUUCCGAUCCCACCGUAAUAUGGGACAUCCUCAAGACGCAUCUGUGGCCACCGGAGAUCGGCGACAGAUACGUGGAGGAGAAGGAGGCGAAGAUCAUCGAGAACACGUCCUCGUCGCAGUGCGUCAACAUGGUCGCGAGCUACAAGGAGGUGAAGAGCAAGGCGGCCAACAAGAAGAAGGAUGUGAAGAUCACGCUGGGCGAGCAAAUGUCGGACACCGAGCUGGUGGAUCCGCUGCCGGAGAAGCUCCGUUCGACCGUAAACUCCAGAUUGAAGAACGACGUGAUUGUGUGCGCGGUGAUCGGCACUCUGUCCUUCGGGAUUCACCGUACGACGGUGUUCACCGCGCUGCAGCCGGAGCUCAAUCCGGUGCUGUGGAGCAUCGUUGGCUUUCUGGGCUUUCUUCUCCACUACGUCGUGCCGCAAUUGCGCAAGCAGUGGCCAUGGCUGUGCCUGUCGAGGCCGGUGUUGCGCAGCUACGAACACGCGCAGUUCGAGGUGCGCGAGCCGGUGAGGAUUAUGUGGUUCGAGAAGGCUUACGUGUGCCUAUGCUUCCUCGAACGGAACGUGCUCUACCCAAUCGUCUUCCUCGGCGCGCUCACCGAGUACUCGCCGAAGAUCGCCGACAAGUUCGGCAAGAGCGUGGGCGCGCUCAUCGUCGUCAUGUGCGGCCUCAAGUCUCUCAGGUCGGCGUACUCGGACCCGUCCACCCGCUACCUCGUUCUCGUCUUCGCGGUGCUCUUUUUCCGACUGGACUACAGUCACCUGAGCGAGACCUUUCUUAUGGACUACUUCGUCACCGGAAUCGCAUUUGCGAAGAUCUACGAGCUGCUGCUCAAGAUACGCUUCGUCGUCACGUACAUCGCUCCUUGGCAGAUCACGUGGGGCAGCGCGUUCCACGCCUUCGCCCAGCCCUUCUCCGUGCCGCACUCGGCGAUGCUCUUCCUCCAGGCUGGCAUCUCGGCCAUGCUCAGCACACCCCUCAAUCCGUUGCUGGGCAGCGCGAUUUUCAUCUCGUCCUACGUGCGACCGGUGAAAUUCUGGGAAAGGGAUUACAAAACCAGGAGAGUGGAUCACUCCAACACGCGUAUGUCCUCGCAUCUGGAGCGCAAUCUCGGCGCCGACGACAACAAUCUCAAUUCGAUAUUUUACGAGCAGCUCACGCGCUCCCUCCAGCACAGUCUGUGCGGCGAUCUCGCGCUCGGCCGAUGGGGAAACGUGGAGCAGGGCGACUGUUUUCUGCUCGCGUCGGAUUAUCUCAACUGUUUGGUGCACGUUGUUCAGUUGGGCAACGGAUUGGUGACAUUUCAACUGAGAGGUCUCGAAUUUCGGGGGACGUAUUGCCAGCAAAGAGAGGUGGAGGCGAUCUCGGAGGGUAUCGAAGAAGACAACGACUGCUGUUGCUGCGAAAUGGGUCAUUUCUCGAAUGUACUUAGCGUGAACGCGGCCUUCAGCCAACGUUGGCUCGCGUGGGAGGUGGCGAGUGCGAAAUACGUUCUGGAAGGUUACUCGAUCUCCGACAACUCGGCAGUUUCCAUGCUGCAGGUGUUCGAAUUUCGCAAAGUACUAAUCACUUACUACGUCAAGAGUAUCGUUUUCUACGCCGUGAAGUCGCCCAGGCUGAAACAGUGGUUGGAAAAUCCGGAUAUCGUCGACGCGCUGAAGCCGACGCUCGACAAGAACUUCGUCGAUCUCGAUCCCGUCUUCAACGUCAACAUCGACUUGGACUUCGACUUCCGCGCGAGCGGCAUCACGCGGAGCAGUUUCUGCAAUGUUUAUCUCGACUGGAUACAAUAUUGCGCUGGUAAACAAGAUAAGUCGCUGGAUAGAACGCGUGAUUCGUGUCUUGUGUCUCUGUGCUUUUCAUUGAGCCUCCUGGGAAGACGUGUGUUAGGCGCUGCGUCUCAUAACACAUUAUCGAGUGUCGAAUUUUUUCUCUACGGACUGCACGCAUUGUUUAAAGGAGACUUCCGGAUAACAUCAGCUCGCGACGAAUGGGUGCUGCACGAUGUCGACUUGUUGCGCAGCGUGGUCGCAAAAGGGAUAAGAAUGGCCUUAAAACUGCAUCAAGAUCACUUCAUGAGCCCGGAGCAAUACGCCGAGUCGCCGGCGCUCUUCGAGGCUAUCGGCAAUCAUGAUCAGAAUCUUGUCAUCAGUCACGAGGCGGAUCCGCUUUGGAGAAACGCCGUCUUGAGCGGCGCGCCCAGUCUUUUAGCAUUUAGGCACGUGCUCGACGAGGGUAUAGACGAAUACAAAAUUAUAAUGCUUAACAAACGUUACUUAAGCUUCCGAGUUAUCAAAAUGAAUCGCGAGUGCGUCCGCGGGCUCUGGGCCGGCCAGCAGCAGGAGCUGGUGUACCUGAGAAAUAGAAAUCCGGAACGCGGCUCGAUACAGAACGCCAAGCAGGCCCUGAGGAAUAUAAUCAACAGCUCCUGCGACCAGCCGAUCGGAUAUCCAAUUUACGUCUCCCCAUUAACGACCAGCUACGCUGAGACCAACGAACAAUUGUGUUCAAUAAUCGGAGGACCAUUGACUUACAGCACCAUAAAGAGCAACGUGUUAAAAUUGUGGAGAAGAAUAAGAAGGAGAUGUGGUCAAGGCUGUUCCUCGGGCGGCACUGGCUCCCAAGACGACGGAGGCUUUGGAAAUGACGGAGUAUAUGCAAUGACCACUUACAACUCUGGUACGAUUGUUAACGUUGAUGCGAUGACAGGCUAUGAUACUUUCGUCGACGUUAACGUAUUUGUUUCUACGAACGUAGGCUACGCUCAAUCCGGCCACAAUACUUCCGGCCGAGAGAGCCCGUAUGCCCGUCGUGGAAACAGAGGCUCACUCGCCUCUGUCGGGAAACCGACUAGCGCGACACUCGCCAGUUUGGCCGGACUGCUCAGUAAUAGCGAUAUUAAGACGGAAGCGAAGAGCGAAACGAGUUUCUCCAGCAAAGUGGAAAAAGAGGAGGUUUACCAAAGGGUUCGCAUUAUGGAUCCCAAUCAAGUGUACGACGCGAUCAAUUUGGGUCGACGUAUAGACGUGAUUUGGCCGGACGAAAGGAUGCGACAGCAAGGCGGCCGUUCCGGCUGGCAGCAUUGGGUACCUGAGAGAGGUAUGGAAGGUUGCGUGGUCCACCGUUGGUCGCCGAAUCAUCGCGAUCCCAAUCGACGAUCGCACGUCGACAAAGUUAUCCUGCUCGUGAAGAUCGAGGACAAGUAUGUGCCGAUAGCUGAGCAAGGCGUGCGGGAUUUAGGAGCGGAAGUUUAACAAAGUAUAUAGGAAACUAGCGCGAUAACGUAUUGUCAUGGCUUUUGUACGUAUUGUUCUCCGACCUGCAAACUCGCGGCAGCGCGGUACGCGUCGUAAAGAGACAGAACAAGAUUGAUCUGUGAACAAAUGUAUUAUAUUGACAAUGUUGAACACUAGUUUCCUAUCUUCACGAAGUCAAUACUCGCCAUUAAGAUGGACAAAUUGAAGGACAACAAAAUCAACAUGCUGAAUCACUGCUGAGUCACAUGAUUUCUAGCUUAUCUCGAUUAAUAAGCUUUCAUUGUGAUUACAAUCGCAAUAUUUGGCGUCUUUCCAGAGUAUCGAAGAUAUAAUAUUUCUCACGUUCUUGUAAAAUUGUAAAAUUUUCUGUCUUAGCAUGCAGUUUUUAUAAGAGAAGAGCAACAACCGUGUAUAAUAUACUUUAAUUCUUUCUCUCCGUUCAAUUGAGAGGUCAGAUAUAACGAACAGAAUAAAAUUCUGAAAAAACGUACAGGUUUUUGAGAUAUUUUUGUACGCUACGUGGCGUAAGUGUUCACUUUCGGUUUGCUUUUUCGAUUGUUUCUCAUUUUUGCUCGUACUUAAAAA